CGUCUGCGAUUCGCUGCACAGAGGCAUGACAGAUCUGGCCACUCUAUUUCCUCAUCCUUGGCUUGUCCAAUUUGAUCUUCUAGACCUCAAGUAGACUGGUCUACGUCACGCUCCUCUUCAUCUCCAUGAGCUUGCGGGCCAGGUCGUCCGAAAGUCUGCCUCCUUGUCUGUGCGAUCGUGAUGUGGUUGUCCGAAUGUCCGGCAGGCGCGUUGGGGUCGGGCGAUGGAGCAGAGGCAGAAAAUGGGGAGGGGCAGCGAUGACACCCGAGAAUCGGCUGGCAGGAAGGCAAGCAAGGCACAGCACCUCGACAGCUGACGCACACGCAGGGCCCACCGAUGGACAGAGGGGAGCCGAGGAGGGGCAGCCCUGUGCUCUCUGCCUGGGCGGCAUCUCACCCAGUCAUUUCAACCGCCGCUGCUGUCUGGACGGCGACGACAGGCAUUGCGUCGCAGACAGCCAUCUCACCGCCCGCGCCGGCCAUGUCUUGCGGCCCAGUCUUGCCUUUCUUCGCUUCUUCCUGGCGGAGCUUCCCACGACAGGCAGCCUGGCACCACAAGAGGGGCAGGACAGCAGUCGAGGGCCACAAGCAACCCAAACGCACACACGCACACGCUCACUCACUCACACACGCACACACAGGCCAGGCCAUUGCGAGGGUUUCCCAGCCAGCUACCAUUGCCCUUCCCACCUCGUCGCUCGAUCCUCACCCCUCCGUUCGGAAACAAUUCAUUGCAGCACAAAGACGAUUCUCUUCAAGUCACGUUAUCCUCGAACAAAGGCCUCUGCGCUUCGUCAUUCCUCCGUCACGAACCUAGACACGAGCCACCACGACCCCUGCUCCCGGAGGCCCAGGUAACGCGCAAGGCGCCAACGAAUUCGCCAGGGCUCCCCAGUACUCGUCUCAAGAUAACACUUUCGGAGGCGCAGGUGGUGGCAGUCAUCAACAAGGUAGCGGCGGUGCCAGCGCUCCACACCACUGGUCUCCCCAGGCAUCGCCAUAUGGAACUGGUGCCGGCUACGCUGCCAACCAAUUCGCCGCACCCCCAGCCCCACAACACCACGGAUACCCUUCCUCUACGGCUUCACCCUAU